UUGCUGGAAUGAGGAAAACAAUACUUAUAGGCAAUGUACGAUAUGAACGUAUUAGUGUUUCUCCCUGUUCGAUUAACAAUCGAAACGAAUAUACCGUCAUGCUGUGUAAUCUUGUUGGGUAUAAAGUAGAUAAGAUUGAAAUUGAAUGGACAAAUAGUAAAAUUUCUAUAGUAGGAAUUGAUCACGCCAACCGUACAUACUUUCUGGAAUCUAGAGUACCAGAACGAAAUAGAUAUUUUAAAAUGGACGUCAUUGAAACGAAGUUUGACGAUAAAAAAGGUACACUAAUUGUCAAGUUCUCAAAACAAACGACGACUUAUGGAACUAAUCCAAGAACAACCGCAUCGGUUCAAGAACUACUAGACUGGCAAAAUAUAUCAUCAAGCGGCGGCAAAAAAUAUUCAUCACAAGGAAAAGACGGCGGCGGUACAACACAAAAGGGCAACCGAGAGGACGGCGGCAACACAACACAAGAGGGCAACGGAAAGGACGUCGGUGGCACAACACAAGAGGGCAACGGAAAGGACGGCGGAGGCACAACACAAAAGGGCAACCGAGAGGACGGCGGCAACACAACACAAGAGGGCAACGGAAAGGACGUCGGUGGCACAACACAAGAGGGCAACGGAAAGGACGGCGGAGGCACAACACAAAAGGGCAACCGAGAGGACGGCGGCAACACAACACAAGAGGGCAACGGAAAGGACGUCGGUGGCACAACACAAGAGGGCAACGGAAAGGACGGCGGAGGCACAACACAAAAGGGCAACCGAGAGGACGACGGCAACACAACACAAGAGGGCAACGGAAAGGACGUCGGUGGCACAACACAAGAGGGCAACGGAAAGGACGGCGGAGGCACAACACAAAAGGGCAACCGAGAGGACGGCGGCAACACAACACAAGAGGGCAACGGAAAGGACGUCGGUGGCACAACACAAGAGGGCAACGGAAAGGACGGCGGAGGCACAACACAAAAGGGCAACCGAGAGGACGGCGGCAACACAACACAAGAGGGCAACGGAAAGGACGACGGCGGCACAACACAAGAGGGCAACGGAAAGGGAGGCGGCGGCACAACACAAAAUGGCAAAAUUACCCACACAUGUGACGACAUAAAAGCAGGAGAAUGUAAAUCGCAGGAACAAGAAAAAUUGUUAUCAUCAAGUUGGGUUGUUGAGAAGCUGAAAAUGGGAUUGCAGAUUAUUUUAGUCGUUAUUGUGAGUUGUCUUAAACAAAUUUGGGCUGAUUGAAAUUCAAAACAGUAUCAUAUAGUAAUUUAAACAAAUCAUUCUGGUAUUCUUCAUCUUAAUUUCUGCAUAUGAUUGAAAUCACAAAUUUCAGCCGUUCGUUGUAAGAAUAUUAAAAAAAUAAAGUGUUU